AUGGAUUGGUUUCAUACAUUCAAAACAGCUCCCUCCUUGUCAAGCUUGUACCUAUAUGAUUGUCAAUUUCCAGAUUUAGAAUCUUUUUCUCGUACCACAAAUUCUUCGAAUUCAAUCACAACGAUUCGUGUCUAUGCUUCCACAUUUGGGUCUACAACCGUUUCUCGCUUGCUUAAUUUGAGUAGCAAUUUACUUGAUCUCACUUUGCUUAGCAACUUCAAUGUCAAAGGUCCUAUUUUAGGUUCUUUUGAAAAUUUGAAAUAUCUUAGGACUUGUUACUUGUCCUUGAAUCAUUUUGAAGGGAAAGUACCAAAAUCAAUGGGGAGUCUUUGCAAUGUUAGAGAAUUAGUUAUGUUUGGAAACACAUUCAAUUCCACCCUUGAUGAUAUCAUAAAUAUCCUUAAUCAUUGUAAACACAAUUCCUCAUUGGAAAUUCUAAAUUUGGGCUCAAAUAAACUUCAAGGAACAUUUCCAAAGAAUGUUGAACAUUUUCCCAUGUCUCUUAAAGAGUUAGAUAUCUCCAACAAUGAGUUGAAUGGAAAUUUACCAAAAAGUAUUGCCAAGCUUUCCACUCUCAAGUUAUUGGAUGUUUCUAACAACUCUUUUACAGGAGUUAUCUAUGAAACACACCUUGAGAAUCUCUCCAAGUUGGACCACAUUGACCUAUCUUCUAAUGCCAAUUUAACUUUGAAAUUGUCAAACAAAUGGGUUCCUUCUUUUCAACUCCAAUACAUUGGUUUGAGAUCUUGUUUCUUAGGUCCACAAUUUCCCACUUGGCUCAAAACACAAUCAAAUAUUUCAUAUCUUGAUUUAUCUGAUUGUGGAAUAUCUAGUGUCAUUCCUAGUUGGUUUUUCAAUACAAGUUCCAAAUUACAUUAUUUGGAUUUAUCCUUUAACUUUAUCAACUCCACAUUGCCAAAAAUUCAACUAGAAUCUAAUAAUAAUUUUCCUUUUAUUGAUUUAAGCUCCAACCACUUUCAUGGCCAUAUCCCACCUAGUUUUCUUUUCAAAGUAACUGUGUUGAAUCUCUCCAAUAAUACUCUCACACAAUUUGAGCCUUUGUUUUGCACUAAUUAUCUAUCAUUAUUAGUUGAUGAUGAUUAUUCCCCAAAAACAACAAUUCUUGACCUUUCUAACAAUUUGUUAGUUGGAACCCUUCCUGAUUGUUUAUUUAGUCUAAGAAAAUUAAAAGUUAUCAAUUUUUACAGCAAUAAAUUAUCAGGGGUGAUUCCAAGCUCCAUUUCUUCUCUAUACCAAAUCGAAACCCUAAUUUUGGGAAAAAACAACUUGUCAGGAACUUUGCCAUCAUCCAUGAAAAAUUGCACUCGUUUAGUAUUUCUAGAUGUUGGAGAGAACAAUUUGAGAGGAAGUAUACCAUUGUGGAUUGGGGAAAUACUAACCAAUUUGGUUGUCCUUCAGUUAAAUUAUAAUCAUUUUCAUGGUGUAAUGCCCUCCAAUCUUUGUCAUCUUGAUUCUAUUCGUAUAUUAGACAUUUCUCAUAAUAACAUAAAUGGAAUGAUUCCAUUUUGUUUCAACAAUUUCACAUCAUUGAAUCAUGAUGAGACAUUUGAUGAUGAUGAUGAUGAUGAUGAUGAUGAUGUUGGGAGUCGUUUACAAAUUUAA